AUGGUAAUAGCCCUUAGGAAAAGAACAAGAGACGAAGAAAAUUUACAAAUAACUAAAGAUAGUGAUAAUUUUAAUAAAAAAAAAAAAGAGGAUUUAAUUGAAUCUGAAAAUGGAGACUCUGAAAUUGGAGAAGAGGAUGAAGAUUAUAGUGAUGAAGAGGAUAAUUUAACAAAUGACGAAGAAGAAGAAGAAGAUGAUGAAGAUGAAGAUGAAGAACAAGGAAAUAAUGAUGAUGAUGAAGAAAUAAAUAAAGAAUUAGAUGAAUAUUCAGGUGAUGAUUUGGAAACUAAAAAUUUAAAAGAAAUUUUAAAGAAAAGAAAAUUAAAGGGAGAACCAAGAAAACCAAUAUCAGUAUUUGAUUUAACAUGUUCAUAUUGUGGUAAAGUAUUUCCAAGAGCAUCAAAAUUGGAAUAUCAUAUAAGGACACAUACAGGUGAAAAACCAUAUCAUUGUAAAUUUGAAGGAUGUGGUAAAUCAUUCUCAAGAUCUCAUCAUUUGUCAUACCAUGAAAAGACACAUUCUCCACCACAAGAAAAGAUACCAUGUCCAAUAGUAGGAUGUACAAAUACAUUCGUUUUUAAACAUCAUCUUCAAACUCAUAUAAAAUCAAAACAUGAUACUGAAAAACCAUAUAAAUGUAACCACGAUCCAACCAAUUGUCAAUUAUCAUUCAGUAAACAUAACCAAUUAAAACGUCAUUUAGCAACCGCUCAUUUAAAUCAAUUACCUUAUGAAUGUAAAGAUUGUGGUAUGAGAUUCGAAUAUCCAAGCUAUUUGAAAAAACAUGCUGCCCGUAAACAUGAUGGUGUCGCAACCAAUAUUUGUAUGUUUCCAGGUUGUAAAGAAAAGUUUGUCACAUUAUUGGAAUUACAAAAACAUCGUAAAACAAGUCAUACAAUAACAUACAAUUGUGAUCAAUGUUCAUCAGUUUUUAAAUCCUCUUCAAAAUUAUCUGAACAUAAAAAAGUCCAUAUCGAUAUUGAAAAACGUAAAGCUUUUCAUUGUACACACGAAGGUUGUGAUAAAGUUUAUCUUACAAAAUCUGGUUUAGAUUCUCAUAUAAAAUCAAUUCAUCUUAAACAAUCAUUCACUUGUGAAUUACCAAAAUUAAAUAUUAUUAUUGAACCUGAACCAUCUAAAAUUAAAAUUGGAACUAGAAAAAAGAUUAAAAAAUCGAAAUCAUCAACAACAGCAAAUAAAGAUAAUACAAAUCAACAACAAGAAAUUGAUAAUAAAAAUAAUACAACUGCAACAACUGCAGAUAUUUCUGAUACUACCUCGGGUAUGGCCACAAUAACAACCACAACAACAACAACAACAACAACAACAACAACAACAACAACAACAACAACAACAACAACAACAACAACAAAUAAUAUAGAACCAUUAAAUAUGGAAUCAAGUUCUUCAUCACCUAAAAAUGAUAGUGUUGAAUUAAAUGAAAAAGAUGAAAAUAAAGAAAAUAAACAAAACCAAGAAAAUCAAGCAAAUGAAAAUAAUAAAGAAAAUGAUCAUGAAAUUUGUGGUCAAACGUUUACAACCAAAAAGAGUUUAUUCAGACAUAUUGAAUUGGUUCAUAAAAAAAAUAAUAAUACAAAAGUUUUACCAUCAAAAGCAACAAGAACCAUUGCAAACGAAGAGAAAUUGAAAAAUAAUAGAGAAAAACAAAAUCUUAAAAAUUUACUUGGUAAAAAACAAUCUUUUAGACCUGAUGAUUCAAUAUUUGAUUAA